UCAACUUUUCCAGCUCUGAAACUUCAGGAUUUUUUGUAGAAAAUUUCUUAAAUUAGUCUUGAAACUUCUGAGUUUUGUUAUGGAAAUUGACUCAUUUUUCUGUGUACACUGGCCCGAAUACAGUGUCAUAUCUUUUCUAAAAUCCCGAUGAUUUUAGAGUUUUUAUUUAAAAUUGACAGAAAAUCUCAAUAUAAUGCUGAAAUUCCUUUUAAUUGUUUUCACUUGUCUGAAAAAAGUUGAGAAAUCCUCUAAAUCACAGAAAUUCUCAAAGAUGAUAUUUUGAAGUUUUGCAUUGUCUUCACAUCUGUACACAGAUGUUAGUAAAGUUGAAAACAAUAACUCCCUGUACAAACAAAAUAUUUACUUUCAAAUAAUUUGUGUGUGGUACAGUUAAGGCCAAAAGUAUUCAUACCACCCUGAUUAAUUUGGGGAGGCGUCUCUGAAAAGAAAACAAAACCAUGUAAAGUCAAAAUAUUGCAGGUAUGUUUACACUUUACCAGAAAAAUGGCAUUUCAAAGAUAAUUUAUAUUAUUCUCAAUAAUCUUUGGAAACUUAUUCAUUGGUAUUACACCAGUCCAAUCCCUCUUAUUACAGCUGAGCAGCUUUUUAAGUUUUCCUUACCACCAUUCUGCUCUGAUUUUUUCAUUUUAUUUUUUCUGAAUGAAUUAAAAUGUUAAUACUCCUUUCAGACAGAAGCAGGAGAAUUGGGCAAAACAAAAAGGUUGAUAAAAAUAGACACAUCUCUUAUUUAGUCAUGCAGAAAGCUACAUCUGGUUGUGAUUAUUUUUUCCAGGAACAUUUUAAAACUCGUGGUUAAGUGUUAAGGAUCCAGUUGCUGGAAUGAACUGAUCCACUUCCUGUUUUGUGCGUAUUGACCAAUCACUAGCUAACAUUUUUCUGUGCUUUCAGCAACUCUGCACUGUUGUUGUUGUUGUUGAUUUUAUAUCAGUGUUGUUGUUUGUUUUGUUGUGGAGCUGUGCUGGCUCGCUGUGUUGGCUCCGCCCCUUUGCCCCUCCCCCCCGUCAUUCACCCAUGUCAUGUGAUGUUGUCUCCUCCAAUCAGAGUGGUGUCCUAAAGCACAACACGCUCACCCUGGGCAUGCUCUAUCAGGGCGGGGGUCACGGCCAGGGGCGCAGCACCACUUUGAACUUUAACCUUUACAAUAACACUAGGCAUGAGCCCCCUGCUGGCCGCUGGCUGCCACUACCUCCGCCUCCGUCUGCCAUCACCACGCCUUCUCAGCAGGCUGCAAUGCUGGAUAAUGACCAGGAGGGGGUGACAGGGAGCAACCAGUGGGCUCCCUACUCACUCGGUCGAAGAGACGUUCCACCUGAGAACCUCAUGAAAAAGGGCGGACAUCCACACAACCCCUCCCAUCAGUCACACAACACCAUGAUCGUCACCUCCACCUCCUCGUCCUCGGCCGCCGCGCCUCACCGCGUUGUCGGGCAGCAGGUUUACGACGGGAUGAUGAACAAGGGGGGCCAAUACCAGCAAGGAAUGUCGCUGUCAGUGGUACCAGCAGGCGGUCCGGGCCAGUACCAAGGCAACGUGUCACAGGGCCUUCCCUCCCCUGGCCAGGCGUACCCCAGCGGCGGCCUGCCCAUGGCGCUGUCAUCAUCUGGGAACCAGUCUCAGUACAACCCCCACACCUCCCAUCAGCCGGCUACCAACCCGCAGUACCACAUGAAUCAAGGCAUGACCCACAGCAACCAGGCCGUCAUGGCAACCCACACCAACCCGCGGCCUCAGAGCGCCCGCUGCCUGCUGCAGACUAAAGGCCAGAAAAGCACCGACGGUUUCCAAGAGCAGCUGUGUGUGAGGAUAGAGAAGAACCCCGGCCUCGGCUUCAGUAUCUCUGGCGGCAUCAGCGGCCAGGGGAACCCCUUCAAGCCCUCCGACAUGGGUAUCUUUGUUACUAGGGUACAGCAUGACGGGCCCGCCGCCUCCUCACUGAAGCCCGGAGACAAGAUACUGCAGCAUGACUGUGUAGCUCCUCCUCUUCUCUCUCUUUUCCCCCAACAGUGAUGUGUUACUGAGAUAAUGAUGGCAGUGACCCUCCAUCCUCCCACAAAACACUCACACAUUGACAUGUGUAUGGAAAAUCUGCAGAACACAUACCUCUAUACACACAUGUGCACACACACACAUUGCUGUUGACUGUGCUGCGUGUUUGCCUUGCAGGCUAACGGACAUAGUUUUUUACACAUGGAGCACGAGACAGCCGUCUCUCUGCUGAAGAGUUUCCCUCGGACCGUGCACUUGGUGGUUCUGAGAG